AUGGUGGAAACGCAUAAACCUGUCAAGUGGCAAGGUCUGGGUUUGCAAGCAGCCUUUGUUCGGUCUACUGCCAGUAGUGUCGCGGGUGGAGCAACGGUUGGUCCCAUCAGCGUUGCCAUUGACGAAAGUCACCCUGGCUUCCAGCAAUACAGCGGUGGUGUGUAUGACGAGCCUGCAUGCAGCUCUACCAUGCUGGACCACGGUGUUUUGGCUGUGGGGUACGGCACUCAAGAUGGGAAAGAUUACUGGAUCGUUAAGAACAGCUGGAAGACUAAUUGGGGCACGGACGGUUACAUUCUGAGGAGCAGGAGCAAGGACAACCAGUGCGGUAUUGCUACCGCAGCCAGCUAUCCCACCCGUGUCAACUAA